GUGUAGCCAGUGCCGACCUCUACCACGUGUAUCGAUCUCGGUGGCCUGCUGGCUUCGCGGUAACCCAGACUGCAUGGUCCAUCAGCCCAGUGCCUUGCGCUUACAAACCCAGAUGGCCACUCCCCCCUCUGCCUCCAAGGGAUAAGCUCGGAGGUGCCGGACACUUGCGCCGACCGUGGUUACGCAGGAGAGCGGCUCUUGCCCAUCCAGUGAGUCGCACCCACGCUGGCAAACGUCGUAGCACAGGCCUGCCCUUGUAACCAUCUAUUGAUCCAGUCGUGCCACACGUAGUUGGACCCAAAUGCGCCACAUGCACGUGUUCAACGAAGAAGACCUCGUCGGGAUCGACAUCCUUCGUGGAAUUCCUGUCGAUGUUUGGAAACCAGACCCGCAAUGCGACCGAUGCAACGCAUGCGUCAAAAAGUUCCGGACGCUCUACCGGCGCAAACACCACUGUCGCGUGUGCGGUGAGAUCUACUGCUUCAAGUGCCUACAGCUGCGCUACGUCCGCAUCCCGUGGGUCGGCGUCGCCCUCACCACCGUGUGCGUGUGGUGCUGCGAGCAACAAGCUGCGAGCCAGCAUCCCAAGUCGUCGUCAUCCGGUGCUUGUCUUCGGCAGAAACCAAUGUCGCCGCUCGGAUCGUCCAUCACAGCGUCUUCCUUUCAGCACGGCGACAGAGACCACCAUCACCACCCGUUGCAAUCGACACAAAGCAGUCUUUGCCACGAACGACAGACCAGGCGGCGCAGUACUGGCCUACAAGUCGUCUUGGAUGGCUCCGUGAGCCUACCGCCAGCAAUGACGACAGCGCCAGCGAUCUCCCCUAUCAGCGUCCUCUCGACACCGGCGACUGCUCGCGCCGGUCGUCAGCCAGACCAACUCGACCAUACGCUCAAUAGGCUCUGCUUGGCGACGCAAUGCAGCUACGGCGUCAUCCUUCAGCGAUCGGGAACUUCGUUCCGGAUUUUGGCGCAGCGAGGAAGCCCCCACAACCCUGCAGGCAAAGACAGCUCUGCGCUUCUUCGCCUGUUCUUGGCCGAACCGCGUCCGACGUGCUGGAAUCCAUUGAUCGACCAGGCACACUUUUGCGGCGCGGCGCCGCUGGUGGACAUGGCCAUCGGCGAACACGUGGGAUGCGUCGGUGUGAUGGACCUCAAGCCUCGCAACCCCGCAUCCUUCGCUUACCUACGCGGCGUCCUCCACGACCACGCGAGGAUCGCCAUGGACCAGCUCAAGCAACUCCAGCACCAGAACCUGUCCAAGAAACUCAUUUCCAUUCGAUCGCGCAACCACUCGGCAGUGUCGUCGGCGGGCGCCAACCCACUCACCCAAGUGCCGACUGGCAACACCACUCGACGUUAUUAAGUUAUACUUUGCCGAAUCCAGUUUUCUCCUGUA